AUCAUCAUCAGCAUCCUCAUCUUCAUCAGCUCCACCGACACAGCCUCCGCAGCGUCGCGAGCCGAGCGCCUCACCGGGGUCUUCACCGUUUGGACGAGCCGGGCGUCAUGGCGGCCCCCCGUUAAACCGAGCCCCGCGUUCUCCCUCUUUGUUCUCCCUCGACGCCUCCGUCUUCACGCGCCUCCGCCGAGGAGAAGCGUCCCGAGCGGCGGGCGGAGGAGCAGCAGGAGGCGGCGGGAGUGCCAGCAGCGGCCGGGGAGGUGUUUUCGAAGCGAAUGGCGGACCGCGAGGCGUCACCCAUCCCGCUGGAGAUCCGAGCCCGGCUGGCGGAGCUGGAGCUGGAGCUGUCAGAGGGUAAGAUGAGCCUCCUCUUCCUCCUCUUCCUCCUCUUCCUUAUCAUCAUCAUCACCUUCCUCACCGGGAGGGACAUCACUCAGAAGGGUUAUGAGAAGAAGAGGUCCAAACUGAUCAGGGCAUUUGUUGGAGGUAUGGAGGGGCCCAUGUCUCACCGGGCCCCACUCGGCCCCCCCUCUGCUGCACGUUUCCACCGGCGGAGGACCUCCGGCACAAGAGACGAGCGCUACCGAUCAGAUGUCCACACCGAGGCCGUGCAGGCGGUGCUGGCGCGGCACGUGGAGCGGAAGGUGGCGGUGCCCAUGCCCUCCAAAAGACGCUCCCUGGUGGUGCAGACCUCCAUGGAUGCAUACACGCCUCCAGGCCUGUCCCCCCUGUGCUCAGACUCGUCGUCGGGCUCGGAGGAGGAGGCGGGGCCGGGCGACGACAUGUCGGGCAUGGAGCACUGGAUGAGCCGCCCAUCCCAGUUGGGCCCCGCCCACCUGGGCUCCACCUCCUCCUCGUCCUCGUCCACGCAGAGCGGCGGCAGCGGCAACGCCGGGCGACUGGCCGACUCGCUGGCGCACACGCACAUCUCACACCUGACGCACUCACACCUGGGCCACACGCACCUGGGCCAGUCGCUCCACCAGCAGAGCCUCCUGUCCCAGUCCCACCACGGUAUCGGCCACUUGUCCCUGAAGAGGAAGGGAGCUCUGAGCAUCGCAGAGAACGGAGGAUCUCUGCGGCGAUCCUGUGAGUUUGGCUCCGACAUGCUGUGGCCACCCCCGCUGGAGUCAGACGAGAACCACUCGGCCCCCCCGGACGUGACGGGCUACUCGUCGGACUCGUCUCACUCCCACACCGAGCGUCACCACAUGUCCAACAUGGGAACCAUCGCCAGGAACACGCAGAAGUACGGCAACGCAGAGCGCAUGGAGACAGGCGACGGUGUCCCGGUCAGCAGUCGUGUGUCGGCGAAGAUCCAGCAGCUGGUGAACACGCUGAAGCAGCCGCGCAGGCCUCCGCUCAGAGAGUUCUUCGUGGACGACUUCGAUGAACUUCUAGAGGUCCAGCAGCCGGACCCCAACCAGCCGCGGCCCGAGGGGGCGGAGAUGAUGCUGGUGCGAGGCGAGGCCCUGGGGGUGGUCACUAACUGGCCCCCCUCCCUGGAGGCUGCGCUCCAACGCUGGGGAACCAUUUCUCCGAAGGCCCCCUGCCUCACCAGCCUGGACACGGCAGGGAAGCCCCUCUACGUGCUCACAUAUGGGAAGCUGUGGUCUCGCAGCAUCAAGCUUGCCUACAACAUCCUCCACAAACUGGGCAGCAAGCAGGAGCCCAUGGUGCGACCGGGGGAUCGGGUAGCGCUGGUGUUCCCCAACAACGACCCAGUAGCCUUCAUGGUGGCCUUCUACGGAUGCCUGCUGGCCGAGGUGGUGCCCGUCCCCAUCGAGGUGCCCCUGAGUCGCAAGGAUGCCGGCAGCCAGCAGAUUGGAUUCCUGUUGGGAAGCUGUGGCGUUACCGUGGCGCUGACCAGUGACGCCUGCCACAAGGGUCUUCCCAAGAGUGCAACAGGAGAGAUCCCCCAGUUCAAAGGUUGGCCCAAGCUGCUGUGGUUUGUAACGGAGUCGAAGCAUCUGUCCAAACCUCCCAGAGACUGGUUCCCUCACAUCAAGGAUGCAAACAACGACACUGCUUACAUAGAGUAUAAAACCUGUAAGGACGGCAGCGUGCUGGGAGUCACGGUGACGAGGAUCGCUCUGCUCACACACUGCCAGGCGCUCACGCAGUCCUGCAGCUACACUGAGGCUGAAACCAUAGUGAAUGUUCUGGACUUUAAGAAGGACGUGGGCCUGUGGCACGGCAUCCUGACGAGUGUCAUGAACAUGAUGCACGUGAUCAGCGUGCCCUACUCGCUGAUGAAGGUCAAUCCUCUGUCGUGGAUCCAGAAGGUCUGCCAGUACAAAGCCAAGGUGGCCUGUGUGAAGUCCAGAGACAUGCACUGGGCUCUGGUGGCCCACAAAGACCAGAAGGACAUCAACCUGAGCUCGCUGCGCAUGCUGCUGGUGGCCGACGGUUCGAAUCCCUGGUCCAUCUCCUCCUGCGACGCCUUCCUCAACGUGUUCCAGACCAAAGGGCUGAGAGCCGACGUCAUCUGUCCCUGCGCCAGCUCGCCAGAGGCCCUCACAGUGGCCAUCAGGAGGCCGGUGGAGGACAGCAGCCAGCCCCCGGGACGAGGCGUCCUGUCCAUGCAGGGUCUGACCUACGGGGUCGUCCGGGUGGACACAGAGGAACGUCUCUCUGUUCUCACCGUGCAGGACGUAGGAACUGUCACACCAGGAGGCCUGGUGUGCGUGGUGAGGCCGGAGGGCGUCCCUCUCCUCUGUCAGACGGACGAGAUCGGUGAACUCUGCGUUUGCUCCAUCGCCACCGGAACCUCCUACUACGGCCUGACUGGCAUGACCAAGAACUGCUUCGAGGUUUACCCGGUGAGCGCCGGGGGGGGGCUGGUCAGCGAGUACGCCUUUGUGCGGACGGGCCUGCUGGGCUUCAUCGGCCCCGGCGGCCUCGUCUUCAUCACCGGCAAGAUGGACGGACUCAUCAUGGUGAGCGGGCGCCGGCACAACGCCGACGACAUCGUGGCCACGGCGCUGGCGGUGGAGCCGAUGAAAUUUGUCUACAGAGGAAGGAUAGCCGUGUUCUCUGUGACGGUUUUGAGGGACGAGAGGAUCGUGGUCGUGGCCGAGCAGAGACCCGACUCCACAGAGGAGGACAGCUUCCAGUGGAUGAGCCGCGUCCUGCAGGCCAUAGACAGUAUCCACGGCGUGGGCGUGUUCUGCCUCUCUCUGGUCCCGGCCAACACGCUGCCCAAGACCCCCCUGGGCGGGAUCCACCUGUCGGAGAUCAAGCAGCUGUACCUGGAGGGGGGGCUGCACCCCUGCAACGUGCUCAUGUGCCCCCACACCUGCGUCACCAACCUGCCCAAGCCCCGGCAGAAACAACCAGAGAUCGGACCUGCCUCUGUGAUGGUGGGGAAUCUGGUGUCGGGGAAGAGGAUCGCUCAGGCCAGUGGAAGAGAUCUGGGACAAACUGACGACAACGAUCAGUUCCUGUUCCUGUCGGAGGUUUUGCAGUGGCGAGCUCAGACCACACCGGACCACGUCCUCUACACCCUGCUCAGCUCCCGGGGGGCGGUGUCCAGCUCUCUCACCUGUCUGCAGCUGCACAAGAGAGCGGAGCGAGUGGCCGCUCUGCUGAUGGAGAGAGGGGGUCUUCAGGAAGGAGACCACGUCGCUCUGGUCUACCCUCCAGGCAUCGACCUGAUCGCGGCGUUCUACGGCAGCCUGUACGCCGGCUGCGUUCCCAUCACAGUGAGACCCCCCCACCCUCAGAACAUCUCCACCACCCUGCCCACCGUCAAGAUGAUCGUCGAGGUUAGUCACUCAGCCUGUGUGAUGACCACAGCGGUCAUCUGUAAGCUGCUGCGCUCCAAGGAGGCCAUGGCCACUGUGGACAUCAGGAACUGGCCUCCUGUUCUGGACACUGAUGACCUGCCAAAGAAGAAGCCUCCAGCUCUCCAUAAGCCCACCAACCCUGAUGGCCUGGCCUAUCUGGACUUCAGCGUGUCCACGACCGGCAUGUUGGCCGGAGUUCAGAUGUCCCACAAUGCCGUUGGAGCCUUCUGCCGGUCGGUGAAGCUGCAGUGUGAGUUGUACCCGUCCAGAGAAGUGGCCAUUUGUCUGGAUCCUUACUGCGGCCUCGGCUUCGUCCUCUGGUGUCUCUGCAGUGUGUAUUCGGGACACCAGUCCAUCCUGAUCCCUCCGGUGGAGCUGGAGUCCAACCCGGCGCUGUGGCUGCUGGCCGUCAGCCAGCUGAGGGUCAGAGACACCUUCUGCUCCUACAGCGUCAUGGAGCUCUGCACCAAGGGACUCGGCCUGCAGACCGAGGCGCUCAAGGCUCGGGGUCUGGACCUGUCCCGGGUCCGGGCCUGUGUGGUGGUGGCGGAGGAGCGGCCCAGGAUGUCGCUCACACACUCCUUCUCCAAGCUGUUCAAAGACCUGGGCCUCCACCCGCGCUCCGUCAGCACGGCCUUCGGCUGCAGAGUCAACCUGGCCAUCUGCCUGCAGGGCACUUCAGGGCCGGACCCCACCACCGUGUACGUGGACAUGAGAGCGCUGCGUCACGACAGGGUUCGGUUGGUGGAGCGAGGUUCUCCUCACAGCCUGCCGCUGAUGGAGUCCGGCAAGAUCCUUCCUGGAGUUCGGAUCAUCAUCGCCAACCCGGAGACGAAGGGACCUCUGGGAGACUCGCACCUGGGAGAGAUCUGGGUGCACAGCGCUCAUAACGGCAGCGGCUACUACAGCGGUUACGGCGAGGAGGUUCUCCAGUCGGACCACUUCAGCUCCAGACUCAGUUUUGGUGACACCCAGACGGUCUGGGCCAGGACGGGGUACCUGGGUUUCCUCCGCCGCACCGAGCUCACAGACGCUAACGGAGAGAGACACGACGCUCUGUUCGUGGUGGGAGCUCUGGAGGAGGCCAUGGAGCUGCGAGGGAUGAGAUACCAUCCCAUCGACAUCGAGACCUCGGUCAUACGUGCACACAAGAGCAUCAUGGAGUGUGCCGUGUUCCCCUGGACCAACCUGCUGGUGGUGGUGGUGGAGCUGGAGGGCUCCGAGCAGGAGGCCCUGGACCUGGUUCCGAUGGUGACCAAGGCGGUGCUGGAGGAGCACUACCUGAUUGUGGGCGUGGUCGUGGUCACGGACAUCGGCGUCAUCCCCAUCAACUCUCGCGGCGAGAAACAGCGCAUGCACCUCCGCGACGGCUUCUUACAAGACCAGCUCGACCCCAUCUACGUGGCCUACAACAUGUAGCCUGAGUGUGUGUGUGUCUGUGUGUGUGUGUGUGUGUGUGUGAGAGAGAGCGAGCAUGCGUUUGUAUGCCGUGCAUAUCGCUGUUGUUGUUCAUUCAUUUCCCAAAAUCAAGAUGUACUGUAUUUUUGAACCUUCAUAUGGUGAAGUCUUAAGUCGUCCGUUUUCUUUACAGUCGUGUUGUGCCGGUUGAUUGACAGAUUGACUGACUGACUGAUUGAUUGACAGAUUGACUGAUUGAUUGAUUGAGUGAUUGCUCAGUGGUGUCAUGACCAUUUGUACACCCCCGCUCAAUCACGUGACCGUCACCGGAGCCCGUCACUGUAGAAAGCCUUAGGGGAACACUGUGUCGAGAGGGACCGUGACAUCACGUCUUACUGGUCCAGGAGAGAAAUCCCAGUUCGGUGGUAUUAUUUCAAUUAGUCGAGGGGCAGCCAGAUUAUUGUAAAAAUAUAAAUAUUGUACAUAGACAUAAUAAUCUAUAUGGAGAGGUACCUACAACACAAAGAGGUAUAGUAGCCCCUAUAUGCAGCUCUCUCCACCUGCACCCUGUGUGUGUGUGUGUGUGUGUGUCUGCAUCGUGUGUGUGUGUGAGUGUGUUCAUCUCUUUGUGUUUAUUUUACCAGUUUCAAUGUGAAUUCAACACUGAUUUCAAACAGAUUUUAAACCUUCGACGAUCAAAUGAAAACAUUUUAUAUACCGGUUUUAAACGUUAAAGAUUUGAGUUUUCAGUGUCGCAGUGAAACUUGUAACCGGCUCUAAAACCAUCAACUGCAACUUUUUCUGAAUCUGGUUCAGAAACUGGGAGAAAGAAACUUUUAGUUUUUCUUGUAAUCAUCAGAGUUUCUGUGAAUUCAGUCCCUGAAACAUCCAAAGCAUCGCGUCAAGCAAAGUGCACUGUGUGUAAAUACAAGAAGAGACAGAGUAUUAUUAAUAUGUAGAGCGGCGUGGUCGACGGGGACACGCCUCCGUUCCUCCAGGAGCCGAAUCAGCACGUCGGGGGGGCGAGGCCUUCAGAGUCGCUCUCUGGAUCCAGAUGCACUUUAACGCAGCAGCGUCUGGAGGCCGCUCGGUACAAAGGGACGAAGUUUACAGAGAGAAGCUCAGAUUGUAGCAAUAACGCCCACGAGGACGUGAUGUCCCCCCCCCCCCCCCCCGCCGCCGAGGUCAGAGGUCACGUCUCCAAACGAGCUGCAGAGGACGAGUAAUGUCAGAAAAGAGUUUAUACUGAAGUUUCCCUGUCGGAGCAGCAGCUCCAUUCAAAGAGACGAUCCCCAGAGAAUCUGCUUCACCUCGAACAAACUUUUAUUAUAUUUUGUAUAACUAUGCAUCUUAAUAUUUAUGUUUCGACUCAUUAACAGAUGAUUUUAAAAUUCUGCAGCAAAAACAGCUCGUCGGCACUAAAAGAGCAAAGACGAAUGAAAUCGCUGCUGAUUGAUGGACGUUAAAUCUUUUAUUAUCUAAACACACAAAUCUCAGUUGUUGUUUCAGGUUUUAUUUUAAAUUUAAUUUCGUGUUGUGUGGUUUUGAGUAAGAAGAACUUUUACUGUUUUCCUGGAGAUGAAAGGAACAGAGAAUGAACCCUGGGUCUCUUUCUCCAGUUUGCACAGAAGCAGCUCAGUGGCGCCCUCUGGGCCUCGGGGCAGCAGCUGCAGCCUCGUGUGCACCAACACCAACUCCCCGCAGAUGAUUUAAGAGAAUUAAAAACUAUAUGAAGAGUUUAUUGGCUGUGAAUUACAUGAUGGGCACUGACCUGUCGGUCGCUGCAGGUUCCUGAGAGACGACCGGUGCAUCGUUUGUUCACGUCCUCUCUGGAUCGUCCUCAUCUCGUCCUCCUGCUUUGUUUCUCUCGUCCAUUCCGUCUCACGUCUUUCGCCAUCAUUCGUCUUUUUUUAUCAGAAGAAGAAGAAGAAAAAAAAACUUUAUGCAUAUCAGAAGUUGCUUAUUGCGCUUGUUUGGCUGUUUUAGCAGUUUGGGUUUGUUGGUAGCAGCGUAGCGGCCAUGUUUCAGUCCCUGUGUGUGUGUGUCUGUGUGUGUGUGUGUGUAGCAGAGGAUGUGGGACAAGAGGGAACUCCCAUCAGAGACCCAGAGGACUCGUCAGUGUGUUCAGGGUCAGAUGGGAGAGAGACUGCAUGGUGUGUGUCUGUGUGAGUGAGUGUGUUAGAUGUGUGUGUGUAUAUUGUAUGUAAAUAGUGUUGAUUUUGUACGGUACAAGUGUGUGUGACUUGUUUUGUACACAUGAUAAAAAGAUUAAAUGACACUUUUAUAAGAGCCUGCUAUUGGCUCACCGUCACACUAUACAGUGCAAUAAAGUGCUUUG